AUGGAAGUGCCGAGGAAGCCGACGGCGCAGGCCGACACUGGCGGCCUGGCGGCGCUCUCUGCCGGCCUCGCGAGGUGCCUGGCCGAGGAGAACGCGGACAGCAACCUGAUCCUCCGCGUGGUGGGCGCGCGGUCACGCGGCGAGCUCGAGGAGUCCGUCGCCGGCGUCGUCGAGACCGCGCUCAAGGACGAGUCCGGCGCCGGCGGUCCACGCAUCGCGUUCGCGUGCGGCGUGUGGAGCGAGCUCACGUGCCCGCUGAAGGCCGCCUACCGCCGCACCGUCGUGGACAAGUUCAGCGCCGAGGCCAGCAGCGUCGACUUCAUCAGCAAUCCGGAGGCGGCACGGGGCCAGAUCAACGCAUGGGUCGCAGAGGCCACGCAAUAUCUGAUCGGUUCCGUCUUUGGUCCGGGAUUGAUCACGCCGCUCACCCGCGUCGUGCUCGGCAACGCCGUAUACUUCAAGGGCAAGUGGGUUAAUCCCUUCAACGAGAAGCGCACCAAGGACAAGCUUUUCUACCGGCUGGACGGCAGCACCAUCGACACGCCGUUCAUGAAGAGCCUGUCGUCCCAGUUCAUCGCCGUGCAUGAUGGGUUCAAGGUGCUCAAACUCCGGUAUGAGAUGGCAGUUCAUACGACAUCAUUCUGUUAUGCUGACAUGUUGACAGGCUAUGUAUCCUCUAAUCGUAAGAAGCGUAAGAGGAUGUCCUCUGGUCGUAACAAGCGCACGAAGUUCUCUAUGUGUAUCUUCCUUCCAGAUGACCAUGAUGGCUUGCCGGACCUAGUUGACAUGAUAGCAUCACAGCCUGGCUUCCUACACGAACACCUGCCCAAGGAGAAGGUCGAAGUUGACGAAUUCCGGGUGCCCAAGUUUAAGAUGUCCUUCGAAAGCAGCGUCGUCACUAUUCUUGAGAAGCUAGGGCUUAAAUUGCCGUUCGGUGAUCAAGCCGAUCUGUCUGACAUGGUAGAGCCUGAUGACUCUAGCUUGCCAACAGUCUUGAACGACAUCAUCCACAAGGCGGUCAUCGAGGUAAACGAGGAAGGCACCGAAGCAGCGGCAGUCACCUUUACGGAUUUUGAGUAUGGAUGUGAUAUGCCGGAGUCGCCACCUCCUGGGGUGGAUUUUGUAGCUGACCAUCCCUUUGCAUACUUCAUAGUGGAGGAGGUGACCGGCGCAGUUAUAUUUGCAGGGCACGUCCAAGAUCCGUCGAUAGAGAACUAG